UGGAGGAGGAAAAAUGGGAGCAGAGCCACUCGCCGUGUCUUAGCUGAAGCAUGUAGGAAUGCAGAAGAGUUAGCUCUAGCUGAAAGAAUAGAAGGAAAGCCUCAGUCAAAAGCUAAACCUGUUCUAGCUACACCGAUCCAAGCCACACCUACUGAGCUAAGCAGUAGUGCACCCACACACUACUCAUGCAGAGAGCCUAUUCAAGCUCAAGACUUUUUUCCUGAAGUUCAAAGAAUGCCAGAAGCUCCAGACAGAGUUCAGUUUGAUUUCCCUAAUCAACAGAGUUUGUCUGCUGCUUCAUCUCUUCCUUCAGCUACAAACCAACAGUCCAUGUCACCAGGUGAUCCUCCUGCUAUUGGUUCGUCCGUUAGCUCUUCUAUAGCUCAAUCUAUCACUAUUACUGAUGUAGAUUUACCCGAUAAUGAACUGAUAACUGGUACUAGUUCUGCACUACUUAGCCUAUCUCAUGUCAGCAACACUGAAGCUAAAGGGCUCAGCACUACCUCAUCUGCAACAAGUGCUGCUGUUAGAAGUCCUGAUCAUUCAAUGUCAUCAACAAGCACUGCAAUUUCAAGAGAUAAUCCACCCAGUACUAGCUCAUCACUGCCUCCUAGUUCUGUCAUCACAGUUAAGGAUUUACAAGCUAUAUUUAUGAAAUACUUUUCUACAAUUGCUGAAACCAUAAAAUUAGAUUCUGUUACUUUUGCAACCCAACUGAUGUCAGCAUCUAUCAUUGAUUCUUCUGUAGUUCAAAAGGUCACUUUCACUCAAGGAUGGACUCCACCCCAACAGGCAAAUACCGUACUUUUUGCUGUUGACACUGGACUGAAGAAUUUUAAAGAUCCAGUCAAGUUGUUCAUAGACUUUUGCUCUGUUCUUCAAGACUAUGUUCAUGCAAAAGAGAUUGCAAUUGACAUGAUGCGGGAUGCUAAUUUAAGUUUUCCUGAAGCUCCACCACUUGUAGUUCACCACAGCACUACUCCUACUGUUGCUAUUCCUCCUCCAACUCACACUCCUAGUGCUCAUGGUACUGCUAUGGCAGGAGCCUCUACCUCUACUUCAACUGGUAUUGUUGCUGAAGCACCUUCAUGUGAUUUCUCUCAAUAUCACGAUGUUAAUAGGUACGGACAACCUACUAUGAUUGAGUUGCUGAACUGGAUUGUUGCUAAAAAUCCCAGUAUUUGGAAUGAAGUUGGGAGCCAGUUAGGCAUAUCAGAUGGGAAUCUGAAUGCUAUACAGAGGAAUAUUUCAUUUGGAGCAAACCCCAAACUCCUUUUUAAAGGAGUUUUGUCUUUAUGGGAAACAAGUCGCUCUAGGCCUUAUACCUGGGGGACUAUCUUAAAUGCACUGGCUUCUCCUAUUGUUGAACAAGUUGGACUUGCACAAGAUGUUGCUAGAAAACUGGACAGUAAAUAAUAUGUAAUUUAAAUGAUGAUGGAUGAUUUAAUUAAAGACCAUGAAUCUUGGUGUA